GGUCACCAUGGUGGUGGGAUACAACAGUCGAGACGGCAGGCAGUUUAUCGCUUUUUCUGGUAGAAUUAACAACCUGUUCGUCAAUGAAGGUUUUUAAACCUCAUUUGGUUUACGAAGAGGAGGGAAGAACGGUUAAGACGGUUAAGACGGUUAAGCUCGAGCCGUUUUGAAAUGGAAACCCCCCUGAAAUGGAAGAGCUAAGCGGCGCGAGGCUACGGCGGAGUGCUAAAAAUGCUAAAAAUGCUCUUUUUUCCCUCCUACGUCUGCAGCAACGGAAAAAAUUGAGGGUGGCCCUGUCAGCACCUUUCAGCGACUAAAUUAAAGUGUGCAGAGGCUUCCAGAGGGCCUGUCUGCUGGAGCUCAUUCCCGAAGUCGAGCUGUAGAGUCGCGGCCGGGAAAGCGGAGUAAAGCCCGGGGCUCGGGCCGUGGCCUUGGGGAGAGAGAGGGAGUCUGCACGGCCGCUGGGGAGACAGACGGACAGCACCUUCUGCUGCUGUUGUUGUUGUUGCUGGAGCUUCUGGAGCUGUCGAGCUUUACGAAGGGACGGAGAGAGAAGUUCCUGACUGGACCCGGCUUCCUGCUCGUUUUGUUGAGCUGCAGAAAACAAACAAAACAAAAACAAUGGCUUCGUACGUGGAUAACAGCUUUCGGCAGGCGGUCAUGGUGAAUCCGGCUGAAAGGACGCAACAGGACCUGGAGAUUGUAUAUUCGUAUCUCCACGGCAUGGAGGCACUGUCGAAUCUAAGGGAACAUCAGCUAAGGAUGAUGUGUGAAACUGUGCGCUAUGAACGACAUGAAGCAAAUGAAGUGCUCUACUAUCCAGAUGACAUUGGCAGCUGCUGGUACAUUUUGCUGUCUGGAUCUGUGUUCAUCAAAGAGUCCAUGUUCCUGCCUAGAUCCAGUUUUGGGAAGCGCUCUGCUGGAAGCUUGCGUCGCGGAUGUGAGUGCAUCGUCCUGGAGCCGUCGGAGAUGAUCGUGGUGGACUAUAUGGAUGAGAAUGAGGAGUAUUUUCAGCGCCAGGCAUCACACAGGCAGUCCCGCCGGAGGUUCCGCAAGAUCAACCAGAAGGGCGAGCGGCAGACCAUCAUCGACACAGUGGACCCGUACCCCGCAGGCAAACCGCCCGUAGCCCGCGGAUACCACACGGAAUGCGUUAAAGCUCAGCUCCCGGCGGAUUUCAGCAGACUGCACCUGGCUGACGGGAUCCACCCCCAGGUGACGCACGUCUCCUCCAGCCUCUCAGGAUGUAGCAUCACCAGCGACUCUGGGAGCAGCAGCCUGUCCGACAUCUACCAGGCCACUGAGAGCGAGCCAGGCGAUAUGGACCUCAGCGGCCUGCCUGAGACAGCCGUCGACUCGGAGGAGGACGACGAUGAGGAAGAUAUCGAACGUGCCUCCGAUCCCCUCAUGAGCCGAGACAUCGUCCGGGACUGCCUGGAGAAAGACCCUAUGGAUCGCACGGAUGAUGACAUCGAGCAACUGCUGGAGUUUAUGCACCAGCUGCCGGCCUUCGCCAACAUGACCAUGUCGGUCAGGAGGGAGCUGUGUGCAGUCAUGGUUUUCGCCGUGGUGGAGCGGGCCGGCACGAUCGUCCUUAAUGACGGCGAAGAGCUGGACUCAUGGUCAGUCAUUCUGAACGGCUCGGUGGAGGUGACGUACCCCGAGGGCCGUACGGAGAUCCUCUGCAUGGGCAACAGCUUCGGCGUCUCUCCCACCAUGGAGAAAGAGUACAUGAAGGGAGUUAUGAAGACCAAGGUUGACGACUGUCAGUUUGUAUGUAUAGCACAGCAGGACUACUGCUGCAUCCUCAACCAGGUGGAGAAGAACAUGCAGAAAGUGGAGGAGGAGGGUGAAAUUGUCAUGGUGAAGGAACAUCGUGAGCUGGACCGCACCGGCACCAGAAAAGGACACAUUGUCAUCAAGGGCACGACAGAGCGUCUGACCAUGCACCUAGUAGAGGAGCACUCGGUGGUGGACCCCACCUACAUCGAGGACUUCCUACUGACCUACCGCACCUUCCUGUCCAGCCCCAUGGUGGUGGGCAAGAAACUGCUGGAGUGGUUCCAUGACCCCAGCCUCAGGGACAAGGUUACACGGGUAGUCUUGCUGUGGGUGAACAAUCACUUCAAUGACUUUGAAGGUGACCCCGAAAUGACACAUUUUCUCGAAGAGUUUGAGAACAAUCUGGAGAGAGAGAAAAUGUGUGGGCACUUAAGACUGUUAAACAUAGCGUGCGCUGCCAAAGCCAAGCUGCGAGUGGUGACCCUGACCAAGCCGUCACGAGAAGCCCCACUGGCCUUCACUCUGUUGGGUGGCUCCGAGAAGGGCUUCCGCAUCUUCAUUGACCACGUGGAGCCAGGCAGCAAAGCUGCGGAAGCGGGCCUCAAACGCGGAGAUCAGAUCCUGGAGGUGAAUGGGCAGAACUUUGAGAAUGUGCAGCUGUCCAAAGCCAAUGAGAUCCUGAGGAACAAUACACACCUGUCCAUUACUGUGAAAACUAAUCUGUUAGUGUUUAAGGAGCUUCUUGCUCGGCCUGAGCAUGACCAAGAGCACGACCACGAGGAGGAGCUUGAUAGGAAGAACGGGGCACCACACAUUCCUAAGAUUGGAGACAUCAAGAAGGCCAGUCGUUACUCCAUCCCGGACCUGGCUGUGGACGUAGAGCAGGUGAUGGGUCUGGAGAAAGCCAGCAAGAAGGCCAAGGCCAACACUGUAGGUGGUAGGAACAAGCUGAAGAAGAUCUUUGACAAGACCCUCACCAGUAUUUUACCGCCCAAGCCAUACAAUGAUGUUGGUGUAGGCCAGUCUCAAGAUGACAGCAUCGUGGGCCUGAAGCAGUCAAAGCAGAUUCCUCCUGCUUUGCCGGUCAGCGGAAAUCUGUCGUCCAGCAACCCUGACCUGCUGCAGUCUCACCAUCGCAUACUGGACUUUAAUAACCAGCCUGACAUGUCGGACCAGGUGCUGCGCGUGUUUAAGGCGGAUCAGCAGAGUCGUUACAUCAUGAUUGGGAAGGACACCACGGCCAAGGAAGUUGUGGCUCAGGCCAUCCGGGAGUUUGCCCUGACCGCUGCCCCUGAAGCUUAUUCACUGUGCGAGGUGUCCGUCACACCGGAAGGUGUGAUCAAACAGCGCCGGCUACCAGAGCAGCUCUCCAAACUGGCCGACAGGAUCCAGCUCAGUGGCAGGUACUACCUGAAGAGUAACAUGGAGACUGAGACACUGUGUUCAGAUGAGGAUGCUCAGGAGCUGCUGAGGGAGAGUCAGAUCAGUCUGCUGCAGCUCAGCACGGUGGAGGUGGCCACGCAGCUGUCCAUGCGUGCCUUCGAGCUCUUCUGCGCCAUUGAGCCCACAGAGUACAUCGACGACCUGUUCAAGCUGCGGUCGCGAUCCGCUGGACCCUCCAGCCUCAAGCUCUUCGAGGAGGCCAUCAACCGAGAGACCUUCUGGGUGGCCACUGAAGUAGUCAGGGAGCCCAACCAGCUCAAGCGCAUGAAGAUCAUCAAACACUUCAUCAAAAUCGCCCUGCACUGCCGCGAAUGCAAAAACUUUAAUUCCAUGUUCGCCAUCAUCAGUGGUCUAAAUUUGGCACCAGUAUCCAGGCUGCGAGGUACAUGGGAGAAACUGCCUAGUAAGUACGAGAAGCUCUUCAGUGACCUGCAGGACCUGUUCGACCCUUCCCGGAACAUGGCCAAGUACCGGAACGUUCUCAACAGCCAGAACCUACAGCCGCCAAUCAUUCCUCUGUUCCCCGUCAUCAAGAAAGACUUGACCUUCCUCCACGAGGGCAAUGACUCAAAGGUGGAUGGCCUGGUGAAUUUUGAGAAGCUGCGUAUGAUUGCUAAAGAGAUCAGACAUGUGGGCAGGAUGGCUGCAGUAAACAUGGACCCAGCACUGAUGUUCCGCACCAGGAAGAAGAAGUGGAGGAGUUUGGGGUCUCUGAGCCAGGGCAGUGCCAAUGCGGCAGUGCUGGACGUGACCCAGACAGGUGGGCAUAAGAAACGGGUGAGGCGGAGUUCCUUCCUCAAUGCCAAGAAGCUGUACGAGGACGCACAGAUGGCCCGCAAGGUGAAGCAGUAUCUGUCCAACCUCACACUGGAGACGAAUGAGGAGAGCCUGCAGACGCUUUCUAUACAGUGUGAACCCUCUGUAAACACAUUACCUAAGGGCUCAGGGGACAGAAAAAGGCCAGACACGUCUCCAGUCGUGGCACGAGCAGCCGCCCACCAACGGCAGCAGCUCCAGAAACCCAACCAGGCCCUGCAGGUGCCUGCUGUUGCCCUCUACCCCUCUCGAAAGAAAGUGCCCGUCAAAGAUCUGCCGCCCUUCGGCACGAGUUCUCCGCAGUCCCUGAAGAAGAUUCUGUCUCUGUCUGAGGAAGCAGGCGAUAGACACAGGAAACAGGCCGACGAUGCUGUCUCCAACGCUUCAUCUCAGCUUUCCUCUCCUCCUACAUCUCCACACAGCUCUCCCAAAAAAGGUUUUGGGCGCACAAGUGAUAACCUGUCCGACUCGGGCCACAGUGAGAUAUCAUCCCGCUCCAGCCUGGUCAGCACCUCAUCUCUGGACAUGGGGCAGGACGAGCGGCGGCACCGUUAUGGAGUAGGUGGAGAGGGUCACGGUGGGGGUCACCGGCUGGAGCGCAGGGCAACAGCUGAUCCAGACCAGUACAGCUUGGGGUCAUACUCAUCCAUGCAGGACUGUAGGGGUGUAUAUGCAGGGGCAACCGUGCUUUCUUCGCCCAGCUCAGAGGAGCUGACCCAGGACCAGGGUGACCGCAUGUCUCUGGAUGCUGCGGACUCGGGCCGCGGCAGCUGGACGUCCUGCUCCAGUGGCUCCCACGACAACAUCCAGACCAUGCAGCAGGGGCGCAGUUGGGAGAUGCUAGCGGAGGGGGCGGGGCUGUGGGCGGGGCGAGGCAGCUGGGCGUCGGCCUGCUCGUCCUCAUCCUCAUCAGCAGCCUGCUGGGGUGAGGAUUCGGAGGGGGAUACUGGUACCAUAAAGCGGCGAGGGGGGAAGGACGUAAGCGCCGACCCAGAGACCAGCAGCAUCACCUCCACGGGUUCCGAGGAGUCCAAACAGCACAGCAGGCGCCCAUCACCCAUCACCGCCGGCAACGCCAAGGGUGUCAUCACUCGUAAAGAUGGACGUUACCGCGACCCCCCGCCCACGCCUCCAGGCUACACGGCGCUGACCAUCUCGGACGUGACGGAGGCAACGGCUCACGCUGGCCGGAGGCCACCGGACUACACCACGGCCCUGCAGCGCUCCCGCUUGGUAACACACUCCCCCGACUCCCAGCAACCCCCUGCCGCAGGCAAGCCAGGGCCGCCGGACCCCCGGGCCCCAGUGGAGGACCAGGCCCAGGAGAUGGAAGAGGAGGGUGAGUGCUUGUCUCCCAAACUCAGAGCUCAGAGGAGGAGAGGCCCACACACAGCAGUGCCCCCCAGGCCAUGAGUUACACACACCAUCUCGGCAGGCAGAGGAUGAACAGGUGUCAGCCGUUUAAAGGGGAUUACGCUCUCUACUGUUGGACACUUGGUGCAGUGACCCAAGGCCUAAUAAAGGGCCUUCGGAGGCAGACAGACAGCGAGAGUGACCAAUCAUCAUCUCAGUGGCACUGCCUGUCUCCCUCCUCAUUGGUGGAUUCAUCUCCCUUCCCUGCCUUAAAUCAUCAUGAGGGGUUUGUUGCCCUGCAUGCUAAAAUACUGUGAAGAAAGGAGGAGAAUGAGAAAAAAGAGUAAAGAAGAAAAGCAGAUUACCUGGCACUUUGGAAAAAAUCUAUUUAACUUAAAGGAGAGAAAAAAAGGACUGAAACUGAACUCAAAGCGAACACAGCGGUGCGACAUUCACACAAAGACAAAACUGUCAUUGACAGUUACUGACACCCGCUAUGGUCCUCCCCCCUUCACACACCAUCACAAACUGUUUUGUUUCCGCCUGCACUUUUUAACGUUUUUAUAAGAUGAGAAUAUAACGCACAGUCUCUUCAGUCUCUCUCUUCUCCCUCUGGAACACAUACGAAAAGACACUCAAACUUUUCAGACUCCAGUCACACUAACUCUCUCUCUCUCUCUCUCUCUCUCUCUCUCUCUCUCUCUCUUUCUCUCUCUCUUUCUCUCUCAAUGUCUGCUAUGAGUAGAACACUCUGAUGUGCGUCUAUCACUGUUACAGUAUUAGUUGUACAGUCGGACUGGUAAGAGCAACAUGUGGGAGGUGAUGUAACUGCACUAAAGGAGGAAAGGAAGCACACUGGCAUGACUGUCUUUGGGUGUAUCCCAAAUCAGAUCAUCACACUACUUCACUCUCUUGGGAACUAUGUCAGUGGAGAAACCUAGGGCUCAUGGUGGAGUGUGAUUUGGGACACAGCCUUACAGAAAGUCCACAGAGAAAGACUUGACUUGCCAUCGGUAAAUGCAGAGAGAGAAGGCAUCCCAAGCUCACAAAUUCAUCAAGCUAAGUGCAGAAACAAGACAUUUUUAAAGGUGAAGCCAUGACUGUUACAUCACAGAGCUACUUGAGUGGUUUUGAAAAAACUGGCAGGCCACAGUAAUCCACAGACGAGGUUUUUGGGGUCAUCUCACUCAUAGUUCACGCUUCACGCCUUCCGUUCCAGAGGGGCUAAAGCUUCUCGUUUUGGGAAGCAUCUCAUUGCCAUUUUGUAGGGAGCUUGACACUUACCUUUGCUUAGGUGCACACUCCAGUCAGCUCACUCCUUCUGAACGUCUCUUAGCAGUCUGUGAAGAUGUGAGGUUAUGAGACUGUUCCUUUAGCUCGUUUCAGUUUCGCCUGUUUCAGAUGCCAUACUGAGGCCUCUCAGAGUCCAUGAAAUGGGAGUGCGGUCAAAAGUUUCUUCAGUGAAGUGAUGCAGGUUUGCUGGAUAAACAUAUAUACACAGUAGACCUUCCUUCAGGAAGCCCCGUUGGUCAUACUGAGGGUAAAAGACUGAACGGUUCGCCCCCCAUUCACUUGACUCACUUUUCUGAAUUGACACACUCAACAGCUCUGUCAUUAAAGGCUACUUGUUACAGUGGUGCGUAGGAACAGACGACUGCAAACAAUCAAGUGAAGUUGUGAAUUGACUGGGUGCUACUUUCUUCCUGACAAGAACUUCAUCUCAGACGGUCAGGCGUUGCGGGACAUUUGGGACCGACGUGUGGUGGCUUUUUGUGGUGCUACGUAGGCCUUCUGAAGGCUUAAGUCAUGCUUGCGUCACCCUGUAUGUGCAGAAGGGGUGUGGACCAGGCCAAAACUGCUUAGGACUGACAGGAACUUUCCAGAAACUCCGGUGGGGGAAGGAACACAUUAACCGACCCAAAGGCUGCCAAGCUGAACGAGAACUCAAUGGAUGAGAACAAGUCACUUUUAUUGUUUUAUUUUUAUCACUGAGUUAAGCUGAUCACAUUGAUCAGUCGUUAGGAAUGAUAGACUUCGAGGGGCGGAUGGGGGGGAUUGGGGGGUGCAAAAAGAUUGCAGUGUUUUCCACUGUACCCUGUAAUAUCACUUCAAUGUUUCUUUCUCUUCUUGCUGUAAUUUUUCUUUGGUUUUUGUAAUGGUUGCAAUCGUUUAAAAAAGGAAAAAAGAAGAAAAAAAAAGACGAUCACAUUUGUAAACCAGUGGUUAUAGAAAUCAUUCACUUCCAUUUGAAAUUUUUGGAACUAGUCAUGCUUUUUUGGCAAACUGAGUGGAGUCCUAUUUCGAAAAAUAAGUUGCACAAAAUGUACAAGCAUAAGAUAAAUUGUAGUAGGUAGCGCUGCUACUUUGUUUGAUGUGUGAUGUCAAGUGAGAAGUGUACAUUUAGCUGGUGAAGAUUUUCUCAUUCUUGACUACUUUUACCUGUACGUCUUUUACAAAGACAAUUGGUGGAGUAUGUAUCAGUUGUUACUUUCUGUCUUUCUUUCUUUUUGUAUUUUUAAUACAAUAAUUGUAAAUAUUGGUUAUAUUUUUGUUGAAUUGUAGAAAUGUACUAUGUUUAUGCCUCAACAUCCAGUUUAUAUGAAGCUGGGAAUCAAUAAAUGCGACAAAAAGGAAUCCGCUCAUAGAUUUCAAAUGCACUUAUUAUUGUUUUUUAUUUUGUUUUUGUUUUUCCCCAUCAAGGUUUUCUCUUUGAAAUAUUGUUACUUUAAAUGACCUCUGGCACCAUCUAGUGUUUGCACAAGAUUAAGACAUGGAAGUAACUUGAAAUGUGUAUCUCAAACUUUUUUAACUGACAAAUGUAUGUCAGAAUUAAUAAAAAGAUCGAUACCUACUUGCA